UGCAAGAAGCAGCACUAGCCAACUACGUCUCUGCUGUCGCAAGGAAGCCCAGGCGCUUCAUGACUUAGUUAACUAACGUUCUUGAGUCUUUUAGCUGACGCGGCUGUUGAAUAGUCGUUAGAAAAAAAAACCCAAGUGGAUUUGUUUUACAGGUGACUUCACAUUAGGCGUUAGCUCGGACGACGAGGCGUCUUCGUCGUAGCCAUAGAAUACGCUAUGGACACGAGUGACACGGCCCCCGAUUCCUGGGAGCAGGAGGACGACGUGGAGGCCCCGGUCGACGCCGAGCUUCAAUGCGCUUUCACCGGGCUUAAUGUCAAUGCGCCCGAGUUUGUGCCGGCCUUUAUUCCCAGAGGGCUUCCCGAAAGCGCUGGCUCCGAGGGUACAGAUACAGUUGCAAACAUGGAGAUCUCAGAGCAAACGGCCACAGUGGAGAAUGGGGAAACAGAUGCCAGCACAGCAGAGACUUGGGAAGAGAAAGGGGAGCCAGCGGAGGCGGUGGCAGGAGGUGGGGCCAUGGAGGAGGGCGGAGCCCUCGGAGACGACGCUCAGGAUGAGACGAUGGAGGAGGAUGAAGAGAUGCCCACUCCUAAACUGCCCCCUCCUCCCCCCGAUGCCCCGAAGAAAGAGCAUGUUAAUGUGGUGUUCAUUGGACAUGUGGAUGCUGGCAAGUCAACAAUUGGUGGACAGAUCAUGUAUUUGACUGGUAUGGUGGAAAAAAGGACCCUGGAGAAAUAUGAAAGAGAAGCAAAAGAGAAGAAUAGGGAGACGUGGUAUCUCUCCUGGGCUUUAGACACAAACCAAGAAGAAAGAGACAAGGGCAAAACGGUUGAAGUGGGAAGAGCUUACUUUGAAACAGAAAAAAAGCACUUUACCAUUCUGGAUGCCCCGGGCCAUAAGAGCUUUGUACCCAACAUGAUUGGUGGGGCCUCACAGGCUGACUUGGCAGUGCUGGUUAUCUCGGCCAGAAAGGGGGAGUUUGAGACGGGCUUCGAAAAGGGAGGGCAGACUCGCGAGCAUGCCAUGUUGGCCAAAACUGCUGGAGUAAAGCACUUGAUAGUCCUCAUCAACAAGAUGGAUGAUCCCACUGUAGACUGGAGCUUGGGCAGAUAUGAGGAAUGUAAGGAGAAAUUGGUGCCAUUUCUAAAGAAGGUGGGCUUUAACCCAAAGAAAGAUAUCCAUUUCAUGCCCUGUUCUGGUCUGACAGGAGCCAACCUAAAGGAAUCUUCAGAGCUGUGUCCCUGGUAUACGGGGUUACCAUUUAUUCCACACCUGGACAGUUUGCCAAAUUUCAACAGAUCAAGUGAUGGCCCCAUAAGAUUGCCCAUUGUAGAUAAGUACAGGGAUAUGGGCACUGUGGUCCUUGGGAAGCUGGAAUCUGGCACGAUUAGCAAAGCACAGCAGCUCAUCAUGAUGCCAAACAGACACACUGUGGAGGUGCUGAGCCUGCUGUCUGAUGACUUGGAAACGGACGACGCCGGGCCUGGAGAGAACCUCAAACUGCGCCUGAAGGGUAUUGAAGAAGAGGAGAUCCUACCAGGCUUCAUCCUAUGCAACGCCGAGAACCUCUGCCAUUCCGGCCGCACGUUCGACGCCCAGAUUGUCAUUAUUGAACACAAAUCCAUUAUAUGUCCAGGUUACAAUGCAGUUCUACACAUCCAUACCUGCAUAGAAGAAGUGCAGAUAACAGCCUUAAUCUGCCUGGUGGACAAGAAGACAGGAGAGAAGAGCAAGACCCGUCCACGCUUUGUCAAACAAGACCAAGUAUGCAUUGCCCGCCUCAGAACAGCCGGAACCAUCUGCUUAGAGACGUUUAAGGACUUUCCACAGAUGGGUCGCUUUACUCUGAGGGAUGAGGGUAAGACUAUUGCUAUUGGCAAGGUGCUGAAGCUGGUACCAGAAAAGGACUAAUCCUGGGCAGGGCCGCCGUUCUGAUGCGCUGCGGUCUGACGCAGAGGUCGCAGGUGUCUACCAAACAGAGUCCUCUGUUCUACUCCAUUCUCUUACUGCAGAUAAAUCGAAGAGAAAUGAGAGAAAUAUGUUUGAAAAAGGACAAUAUCAAAAUGAGAGUAUGUUUUAGGAAGAACAAUAUCAUACAAAACCCCCCCACAAAAGUUCAGUGUGACAGCCUUCUCAUAUUGAGAGCUCAGCUAUGACACUCAUGUAGCCUCAUGUUUAAAGCCAGGCGCUCUCCACUGGCCUACGUCUUUUAACUGAUGGCUUUUCAAUUGCUCUCUCGUGUGGAGGAUUUAAGCCAUUUCUUUGUUAACAGUCCUCGAACAGUCUGACAGUGGUGAAAUCUAAAAUGUUGGGGAAUAGAAGAAACUUAAAAAAACCAAACAAACAAACAAAAAAAUGGCCACAGAGGUCAAGCUCACCUGGAUCUUUAAGGAAUUGGUGAUGGUUUGCUGUUUCAGAAAUCAUCUUAUUAAAAGCUGACCCCACUGACACUACACAGGGUCCAUGUGCAGUCAGCGGCAUUGCCUUUUUUCCUCAUACUGUGAUGUCAGGCGGUUUCAGACUGGUUGGGGACCUCAAGCACAGGAAUAGUAGAGCAGAGUUUAGGCAGGUAUCUACAUCUUAUUUCUGUUCGAAUAUCUCGCAUCUGACAAAUGCCUACAUCAGACAUUCAGUUCAUGUGUUUUUCAGGAAUCAUUACAGCUCUGCUCUGUGCAUGCGAUUUAGUUAAUGAUCACAAUCUGGAGAUUUUUAAUAAACACAUGGAUCCAAUCGGAGAAUAAUUUCCAUUAGAGCUUACUGUCUAAACAUAGCCAAAGAGCAUCCCACAUGACAGAGAUUAUUCAAAUAAAAAUCAGAAAUUGCUUACUCUAAAGAGACAAAAUGACACAUAUAAAAUGACUGUAAUAUUACAGUUGCUUAUAAUUCAGUAUCUGAUCAACUGUUUUCUAUACUCCUGCCAGGGAUCUUAACAUCAACCUUCCUAAAUAAAAACCUCAAUUGAUCAUUUCAA